GACGGCUUUUGUGCGCGCCAGCUGGGUUUGUGGUGGAGGGUAGGGUAGAAAGUCGCCGUUAGCGAGGCAUUGACCUUUGCUUGCCCCUUUCUUUUUUUUUUUUCCCCCCCCGCCAUGACUUCACAACGGGGAGCGGGCAAUGAGGGCAUCAAGUUAUCAGCAGAGGUCAAACCAUUUGUCCCCAAGUUUGCAGCAGUAACAGUGGCAUGGUCAGAACCCGCAGAAGCAUGUGUCUUUCCUGGAUAUUAUACUACAUGCUACCCAUAUGUUGAGGAGCCAUCAGUGAAUAAACAACAGCUAUAUAUUGAAGAAGUAUCAUGGGACACCUCCACCUGUCUUUCUCAGCGUGCAUCUCAAAAUCUUACAGGACGUGCUUCUCUUGAAGAGUACACCAAUUCUCCUUAUUCUCUUACUGCCACACCAAAUACACGUGCAGUUUCCAGCUUCCAAAGUCAGAACAGUUCUACUAAACCGGGUAGAGAGUACACCAAACAGACUUCUUCCAUCAGAAAAGAAGGUGCUUGUUUUCCCAGGAGACGGCUGGAAAAUAAUGAAACCAGACUGGAGAAUAAAAGGCCUAAUGGAAGUGAUUUUACCUGGAGAUCAACAGACAAUGCACCUUAUAUUGCUCUGCAUAGCAGAAAUCCUAUUAAAUCUGGUACACUGACUCACAUGAUUGAAAAAAAAGAGGCCAGAAUACACAAUAGGCCUAUUAAAGUUAUGAAUGGGAAGUUCAAGCAAAUUCCAAACGCUGAGCAUCUUCCAGAACCUGCCUUUGAAAUGACCUUGUCAGAUUUCCCAAAACUCCAAGACCUAGAAAGUAACAAUCUCCUGGAUCUUCAAAAGCAUGCAUGGGGGCCAGUGGGCUCAGCAGAAGGAGAUAAGCUGCCUCUGACACCUCCAGGAAAACUUGCAAUUUCAAAUAUAACCAAAGAGGUUGAAGUAUGUCGGAAAAAUUAUUUCCCUACAAGACCCUUAAGUUCUUCAUCAGAUCCUGGUGUUCCUCAGGUGCACUCAGACCUUUUCACUGAGCCACCCUUGUCUUGGGCCACUGUGUUUUCACAAAGUCAUAAAAAAGUUGUUUCAGUUCCAGCUUCAAUUCUGGCGAGCAAUCAUUCUGGAAAUAAUAAAACAGAUAAUGCUCCUGUGGAUUACAAGCAAUCAGAAACAAUAGAAAAUGCAAAUGCUCUUGAAGAAACAGUAGAUCAGAAGAAGAAGAAGAAGAAGAAGAAAAAGAAAACCAGAUCAUGCAGUGAAGUAGAGAAACUUCCUACCCAGAGCAUUUUAGUUCAAGAACCUCCAAGAAUUGAGGAUGUUGAAGAAUUCCCAGAUUUAGCAGCUGCUUUUGACAGAAAACAUAAACAGGCAUCUGAAAAUAUUACUUGUAUAACACCUAUUAUUGAGAAGACUAAUGUAAUCACAGAGCUCUCUAGAUUGGAGUCUCAUGACCAUUCUCCAAAGGAAUUAACAAUACCUAUGCCAGAUAUAUUAUCAACAAGAAAAAAAGGCAAACAGGGUUCACCAGCUCCAAUAGAAAAAAGGAAAAUGCAGGAUGCUCUUCCAUCUAAGAAGAAUAGAAGAAAAAGUCAGAUUCCUGUGCAACUUGAUUUAGGGGGUAUGCUGGCAGUUUUGGAAGAAAAACAGCAUGCAGAAAAAUUAAACCAAUCAUCUAAACCUGUGGUGCUUUCAGUUGGUGGUGGAGUAACAUUGCCCUCUAAGGAAUCUGUCAGAGUAACAAAAAUUUCGCAGUCAAUUCAGAACAAUACUCCACACAAUCCCUUGGACUCUAGUUCUCCAUUGGUCAAGAAAGGGAAGCAGAGAGAAGUCCCAAAGCCAAAGAAGCCAACAUCCCUAAAAAAGAUUAUUUUAAAGGAGAGAGAACAGCGAAAACAGCAGCACAUUUUGGAACAGAUGGCUACACCAAAUAAAACUGAUGCUGUUGAGCAGAGUGCAGAAUCUGUUCCUGAUGAGGAGCAACAUUGUAAAGCCUCCAAAGAAGUUGCAGAGUGCAUCAGCAGGCAAUCAGCUCCAGAAGUUGUAAAAGAAGUUGCAGUAAUUCUGACUGAGAGUAAUUCAGAAGUGGACUUGAGAUGUACAGAAUUCAGUGGCUCCGUGCAAAACUCCACUGCUCCAUCAGAGUUGAAAUCCAGCUUUCCCAAAAUCCAUAGCCGAAGAUUUAGAGAGCGGGUUGGACGAGACUCUGCAUCUCAUAAUUGACACUGCAUGCGAACAGAAUAUUCCAUUUGUUUUUGCUCUCAAUCGCAAAGAUCUAGGGCACUGUAUGAACAAAUUUGUGCCCGUUAGUGUGGUGGGAAUAUUCAGCUACGAUGGUGCUCAGGACUACUUUCACAAAAUGGUGGAAUUGACAAUGGAAGCAAGGAUGGCCUACAAGGAGAUGAUUUCAGCUUUAGAGGAGGAGUCAAGUGAAGAAGUAAAACAAAGUGACUGUGCACUCCAAACCCAUCAGAAAGAGAAUUGUGAACUAGAUGCUGCUAUAGUGCCCCUUCAAGAGUCUGAAGAGGAUGUCCCAAAUUACAUUAAGAUCUGGAAGCAGAAGCUUGAAGAGGAAUAUAAUCCUUACAUUCUGGAGCUGGAAAAACUGUCAACCACUGACAUGUUGCCCUUGGGUGUUGAGGAGCCUCAGUAAAUCAAGACUACCUUCUUUGGCAUUAUUGACUUUUACUUUAUGCGUGUGUGUGAGUGUAUAUAGACUUGUAAAUAGCGAAUUAUCUAAAUUUAAUUAUCUGUAAUCUAGGAUAUAAAACCCACAGUUGAAUUUCUGAGAUAAUUUAAUGCCAAAGAAUUCAGAGCUGUUAAUUAACUUCCUUUCGAGGGUAGAUUCAGUGAAGGUGCUUGGCUCAUCCAAAUGGAAUACAGAAUGAGUCAGGAAUUGAAUCUGGUCUGUUUGUAUUUUCAUAUAGCAAUACUGUAAAGAAAUCACCUUUAGCUUAAUGCCAGACUGUUAAGUCUCUGCUCCGUAUAAGCACAGAGUCUCCAAUCACUGUUCUCAUAAUUUCCUAUAAUUAUAUCACUUAAGUCUGGAUUGAUACAAAUGAACUGCCUUAUACUUGUAAGUGGUAUUUUUUUCUCUGUAUGAUAGAAUGUACAACUCUGCAUAAAAUAGUAAUAUGAGAUGAAAAAAGAGAAGGGAACACCACUGAUUUUCUCCCAGACAUUAUUGUAAAUAUAUAUAAAAUAUGCUAAUAUAUAAUGAUUCUGUUUGGAUAUAUGCAAAUGAGCAAAACAAAAAUGCAAUACUGCCACCUGGUUUAUUUUGUGAUGGAGCAAUUUGGUGUAGGUCAUGGGUGUGUAAUUAAAAGAUGGUAGAAGCAAAGUGGAAUUAUUAAAUACAUGGAGAAUAAUCAUUAAUUUAUUGGUACUGUAUUUUCCUAUUCUGUCCCAUUAUAGAACUUCUGAAGGGCUGCGUACAGCCUUGGAGCCUACAAAUAUAUUUAUUGCAAAUAUCCUGAAUGAGGUCCUCUCAACUGUCAACUAAACCUUCAACAGUUUAUUAAAUAUUGAUGGUAGAUUACAGUCAUGUGUGGCAUGGUGGCCUAGUGGUGAAGAUGCUCAUCUCCCA